UCCUCUCAAGCCUCGAGGACUGUCAGCGACCUGCAGUUUGACUUCUUACCUCUCACCUGAGUGCACAUCCACCUCUGGAUACACUCACCUCUGAGGGAUUCACCCUUUUUGUCUCCGGGUCUGGCACAACCUGUUACUCGAGGGAAAAGGGAGGCUGCGUCGCUUCUGCAGAGAACUUUUGACAUUUUGCAAUUUACAGACGGUUAUUUUGUCGGAUUAAAAAAAAAAGCAGAGGUAGCUCUGUUUCCAGUGUGAAACCUGACAGAGGAGUCAGGAACCAUGACAGCGCUGGCUGGAGGUUUACCGAGGAUGAUGAGACCGACUCCUCACCAGAACUACCCGCGGGGAGGAUACUCUCUGGAGGUCUCCACUCCGUUAGGACAGGGUCGGGUCAACCAGCUCGGCGGCGUCUUCAUAAACGGCCGACCUCUCCCCAACCAUAUCCGCCAUAAAAUCGUGGAGAUGGCUCAUCACGGUGUCCGGCCGUGCGUAAUCUCCCGGCAGCUGCGGGUGUCCCACGGCUGCGUCUCCAAGAUCCUCUGCCGGUACCAGGAGACCGGCUCCAUCAGGCCGGGGGCCAUCGGAGGCAGCAAGCCAAAGCAAACCGCUGCUCCAGAGGUGGACAAGAAAAUCGAGGAUUACAAGUCAGAGAACCCGGGUAUGUUCAGCUGGGAAAUCAGGGACAAGUUACUGAAAGAUGGAAUCUGCGACAGGAACAACGUCCCCUCAGUGAGCGCCAUCAGCCGCAUCAUGCGCUCCAAGUUCGGCGGAGUAGCUGAGGAUGAGGAUGAUGAGGAUGUGGUGAAGAGGGAGAUGGAGGAAAACGAAUCGCGCACAAAACACAGCAUCGACGGCAUUCUGGGAGACAGAUCCAGUCACUCAGACGAGGGCUCUGACGUGGAUUCAGAGCCGGGCCUUCCCUUGAAGAGGAAGCAGCGCCGCAGUCGGACCACCUUCACGGCGGAGCAGCUGGAGGAGCUGGAGAGGGCCUUUGAGCGCACACACUACCCUGACAUCUACACGCGGGAGGAGCUGGCUCAGCGGGCCAAGCUGACAGAGGCUCGAGUGCAGGUGUGGUUCAGCAACAGAAGAGCCAGGUGGAGGAAGCAAGCUGGAGCCAGUCAGCUGAUGGCGUUCAACCACCUCAUCCCCAGUGGUUUCCCUCCGUCAGCCAUGUCAGGCCUGCAGCCCUAUCAGCUGUCCGACAGCCCUUACCCUCCUACUUCCAUAGCUCAAGUAUCCGAGCAGCACAGCACAGUCCACAGACCGCAGCCGCUGCCGCCCACGUCUGUGCACCAGAGCGGCCUCAGCUCGUCAGCGGGCUCUCAGGAUGCAAGCUCCGCAUACUGCCUGUCUUCUGGACGUCACGGUUUCUCAGGAUACUCAGACAGCUUUGUGACUACGACGGGGCACGGCAACGCCGUGAACCCCACCAUCAGCAACGGCCUCUCGCCACAGGUGAUGGGCCUGUUGAAUCCAGGUGGAGUGCCACACCAGUCCCAGAGCGACUUCGCCCUCUCCCCGCUGACCGGAGGCCUGGAGCCAAACGGAGGCAUGGCCGCCAGCUGUCAUGGCUCCCAGCGCCUGGAGACUCUACCGGGCCUGACCAGCAUGCCCACAAUUCCCAGCACCCAGUCUUACUGCCCACCUUCCUACACCUCCCCUGCCUAUGCCGUGGACCACCACCCAUCCUACCAGUAUGGACAGUACAGUCAGAGCAAGGUGCCUUUCAUUAUAUGAAGCCCCCCGACAUGGCCUGAGCAGGAGGCUUCUCCCGAGCUAGUCUGAGAUUCAUGUCCAGACUGCACCCCCCUCCCAUGCUCACUGCCUUUGCCAAACCUUCCCAGCCCUGAGGACAGCAAGCAGGAGAGAGUUGGGUGGAUGAAAAAGGGGUUGAAGUGUUUCUCCUACAGCGAGGAAGGAAACCAAUUGAGAUGGCGGUUAAGUGAUGGCGAGGGAUGGGGGGUUGGACUGGAAUAAUUAGGACCAAAGGCGCAGCAUCUCCUGUUACCUGGCACUCGCUUUGACUUAUACGUCAACGUCACGCUCCGAGGACCUGGCAUGGUCUGUGGUCAACGCUGAAGGAGGAAAAGAGGAGGGUGGGGAGAGGGAAGUAAAUACAUUCAAGAUUCUGUGUUUUGGUUGUUGUAAUACGUGGCAGAGAUGGAAGCUGAGGCAGACUGCCUGGGCCCCCCUGUGCUUCUGGGGCUGACUGGAUAGGGAGCUGAGGGGUGGAUUCUUAUGGCUGAUGGCGAUAACGUGUUGCGAUCAGCCACGAUGGUCUCCUGAGGACCUCUUCACCACAAUGUCUUAGGGUAAUGAUAUUAAACCUACACCGAUGUUAUGCUUGUUAAAGUCAUAGGAGAUAAAAAUGUGACCACAGGAAGGUGCGGACGGAGUCAUAGCGAAACCACUGCAACCCAAAGAAAGUGCAAUACAUUCAUACCUCAAAUGUCCCUGAUUAUAUCAUCAAACAAUAAAACAUGCUCUCUCUUUUCAAUGUCAUUCAUUUUGGGUUGCGUGCAUCGACCAAUCAGGGGAAAUCGUCAAGCGGUGCAAAAUGGUAGUUGUGGUGUCAUCAAACCAAAAAAAAAAAUCUCAAUACAAUACAAUAUUCAGUUUGACGUUUUUUUGUUUUGUUUUUUUGCAUGUGUUAGUUUUCACCAGGAACUAGUUCCAUCUCUUAUUUAUUUAGUGCUCAAAUGUUAUGUCUUGUUAUAAGUGCUUAAGUGAGUCUUAUACAGUGUCCAAUAUUCAUGUUCUUUCUUUUGUAUAAUUUCCAUUUACACCAGCGUAAAAAUGAUUUUGUGGUGAGACGUUUUGUGUACAGUACAGCAUUAUUUACUAUUUAUAAUAAAGUAUCU